AUGAUUUGUCUUGUGUACAGUGUGUCAGUGUUAUCGUCUACUUCGUACCCGAGAAGUUACUCGCAAAUCUGCGGUUGCGGUUGUGAGGACAGUGAUGAUGCCGGGGCAGUGAGCAAGCAGCGCGGCACCACGGCUUCCUCAGUGGCGGGUGGCGCGCGGGGAGCCGAGUCUCCUUCGCAGGCCAACCAGGACACCGUGGACAACGCAACACCCACCUGCUGGUGGGCGGCGUGGUCGGCGAUGGGGUGCUUCGGUUCCCCGGGCGGUAAGAGCACUGAGGGCGAAGACCUCAAGUCGCAGAAACGCCGCAGCGAUGCCAUCACAAGGCAGUUGCAGAAGGACAAGCAGCUGUACCGCGCGACUCACCGACUCCUGCUGCUCGGCGCCGGUGAGUCCGGCAAGUCGACCAUCGUCAAGCAGAUGCGGAUCUUGCACGUAAACGGCUUCUCCGACAAGGAGCGUCGCGAGAAAAUUGAGGAUAUCAAGAAAAACAUACGUGACGCUAUACUUACAAUCACCGGAGCGAUGAGCACGCUGACGCCCCCAAUUCCUCUCGAGAAACCGGAGAACAAAGCGCGCGUCGACUACAUACAGGACGUGGCGUCGCAACCUGACUUCGACUACCCACCGGAGUUCUACGAGCAUACGGAACAUCUGUGGAAAGACCAGGGCGUGCAACGCACGUAUGAACGCAGUAACGAGUACCAACUUAUCGACUGUGCCAAGUACUUCCUGGACCAGGUGCAUAUAAUCAAGCAGCCAGACUACACGCCCACGGAGCAGGACAUCCUGCGCUGUCGUGUGCUCACCUCAGGGAUUUUCGAGACACAGUUUGUCGUCGACAAAGUCAAUUUCCAUAUGUUCGACGUGGGCGGGCAGAGGGACGAGCGACGCAAAUGGAUCCAGUGCUUCAACGACGUGACCGCCAUCAUCUUCGUGACGGCGUGCUCGUCCUACAACAUGGUGCUGCGCGAGGAUCCCACGCAGAACCGCCUCAGAGAGUCACUCGACCUCUUCAAAAGCAUAUGGAACAACAGGUCUCACUUUCCUCCCUAA